AUGGUGAAAUUCAAGUUGUGUAUCCACGCAGAGCUCGUAAACCUCACCAACUUUCAGCCUCAAGGCGGUUGCAGUGAUCCUGACUUCACCUACUACUUUAAGUUGAAAUGUAACGAAUGUCAAGAGGUAACCAAGAAAGGGAUCUGUGUGAGCCUGAAUGAGACAGUUCCUCUCUCAAGAAGGCGUACCACCAAUCUUAUCAAAAAGUGUAAGUUUUGUAGAAGGGUAGGAACAAUGACUAUGAUUCCUGGCCUAGGCAUCCCCCUUACUAACACCGCAAGUGAGAAUGGGCACUACGGUUGUUUGAUGGUAUUCGACUGCCAGGGUAUUGAACCAUCGGAUUUUGCAUUCGACAGAGGCUGGAAAGCCGAAACUAUUGAAGGGGCCAACAUAUAUGAAGAUGUUGACUUUUCAAAGGGAGACUUUGCCGAAUAUUAUGAGGAUGGAUGGUAUCCAGUCAUGAUAUACGAUGUAGAUUCUAUGUUCAAGGUGGUUAAGCGGAAAUACAAAAGAUGUGGAUAA